CCGCCGCCGCGAAGACGCUGCUCCUCGCCUCGUGCUCUCCGCCUUCCCCACCUCGCUUCCUCCUCCGCGAGCCCUUCGCCGAGGCGCCCACGGGAGCCUAUAAAGCGCCCCCCACCGCCAGCCCCGCCGCUGCGAACCCACCACCCGCGAGCGCGACACGACACGACACGGGACGGCACCAAUGGCGGCCGCUGCUGCGUCCUCCACGCUGCACGGCGUCGGCGCCGUCGCCUCCGCCAAGCCCAGAUCCGCUGCCCCAGCGGCGGCGGCGGCGAGGAGGAGCGUGCGCGUGGCCGCCGCGUCGGCCAAGGGAGGACCGGGCUCCGCGCGAGGCAGGCUCGUGGCUCGCGGCGCCGUUGCAGUUACGUGCUGGCUCCAUCCUCUCUCUUCCUCUGUGAUGUGCUCGCGCUUCCCGCGUCGUGCUGAUUUGUUUGCUCUGUGUGGGGUUGCUGUGCGUCGUGUGCAGGCGAAGGCGGAUGAGGCGGCCGCGGCGGCUGGAUCCAAGCCUGGCGGCCAUGAGGUUCUGAUGUUUGAGGCCCUUCGUGAAGCCCUGAUAGAAGAGAUGAAUUUGGACCCAACGGUGUGUGUCAUGGGUGAAGAUGUCGGUCACUAUGGAGGUUCAUACAAGGUGACCAAGGGCUUGGCUGAUAUGUUUGGAGAUCUCCGGGUUCUUGAUACUCCUAUUGCUGAGAACUCUUUCACUGGCAUGGGAGUUGGAGCAGCAAUGAAGGGGCUCAGGCCGGUUGUUGAAGGCAUGAACAUGGGUUUCCUUCUCCUUGCCUACAAUCAGAUCUCGAACAACUGUGGUAUGCUCCACUACACCUCAGGUGGUCAGUUCAAGAUCCCAGUUGUGAUCCGAGGACCUGGUGGUGUUGGUCGUCAGCUUGGUGCAGAGCACUCACAGCGUCUCGAGUCGUACUUCCAGUCAAUCCCUGGCCUUCAAAUGGUUGCUUGCUCUACUCCUUACAAUGCAAAGGGCCUGAUGAAGGCAGCCAUAAGGAGCGAGAACCCUGUGGUGCUGUUUGAGCACGUCCUCCUGUACAACCUGAAGGAGAAAAUCCCCGAUGAGGAAUACAUCUGCUGCCUGGAGGAGGCCGAGAUGGUGCGCCCAGGUGAGCACGUGACCAUCCUCACGUACUCCCGGAUGAGGUACCACGUGAUGCAGGCUGCCAAGACCCUGGUGAACAAAGGGUACGACCCCGAGGUCAUCGACAUCAGGUCGCUGAAGCCGUUCGAUCUGCACACGAUCGGCAACUCGAUCAAGAAGACCCACCGCGUGCUGAUCGUGGAGGAGUGCAUGCGGACGGGCGGCAUCGGCGCCAGCCUGAGGUCCGCCAUCAUCGACAACUUCUGGGACUACCUGGACGCCCCCGUCAUGUGCCUGUCGUCGCAGGACGUGCCGACCCCGUACGCCGCAACCCUGGAGGACGCCACCGUGGUGCAGCCUGCGCAGAUCGUGGCGGCCGUCGAGCAGAUCUGCCAAUGAUCGCAGCAUCGGGACAUUGCUAAAGUUACAUUGUUUUGUCAGUCGAUUUGUGAACACCAUGUCCUGUUCGUUUUUGCCAUGUAGUGACGCUUAUUGUGGUGUAGACAUACUAUGCUCUUUUUUCUCAACGGUGCAUAUUUUGCAAAAUUUUGAUGCCCUGAAUUUACACUGCUGAA